GGCAGACUGGUGCGCAGGCGCGGAGGCCCGGGUGGGUGUAGUCUGCGGCGCUGCGGCGACACCGGGCGCAGAGCAGAGCGGCGGCUGGACAUGCCUGACGCGCUCUGCUGAAGUCCGCCAGCGACGCGAUGGAGCGGGCCAGGGACCGCUUAAACCUGAGACGCACUACUGAACAGCAGGUGCCGGAGGUAGAAGUCCAAGUCAAACGCAGAAGGACAGCUUCACUGAGCAACCAAGAGUGUCAUCUGUACCCAAGGCGCUCACAGCAGCAACAGGUUCCUGUGGUGGACUUCCAAGCGGAACUGAGACAGGCAUUCUUAGCUGAAACACCAAGAGGUGGUUAAAACAGCAUUGGAACAUCAAGAUAGCUGAUUCCAAG